UUCCAAACGGCUGCGCGUGUUCAGACACUGGAGAGGGAUUUUCAAAAAACUAGUGAUCAGUAUUUACUGGCGAUACUACCGUUCAUACCUCCACAAAAGGUCUUAUCGUUUCAACCUGAGUGACCAGUAUUGUUCAGGAUGAAUUCUGUGGAUGCCAAAGAGAACUCUGCAGUCAUCCCAGCAGGAAAGCACAGCAGCUUGUCUCAGGACAUAUUUUCCCUGGAUCAGCCCACAGGGAGGCUGUCCAUCCUGCGUCAGACGGAUAACCUGCCCAGUAAGACCAUGCCGAGGGACUCCAAGGUUUCUUUUCAGACCCCCAGAAGAGAUCCAGUGACUCGGAGGAUUCUUUCCCCCAGCAACUCUGUCGUUAUGCCCUGUGUGGACGAGAACAUGAAAGUGAUCGGCUCUUUUAAUGUGGAGAAAUCAGACAUCUCACCACAUGAACCAACUGAGCCUCCAAAAAAAGAUCCGUCUUUGUUCCCCGAUGACGAGAUGCCGAUCCAGAGCAGAGGCGGCUACCAGCUGGAUUUUGAUAACCUAGACGCCAUCAACCCCUUCCAGGGCUCCAAUCGGAUGCUGCUGUCUCCCGUCAGGCCCGCCGACGAUCCCAGUGAGGCCCGCCGGACGCCCACGGAGGAACCGGGAGCCGAAGCCCCGCUGGACGACACGCUGCCCUUCACGCCGUCCGUGGAAAACUCUCUGGCGGACGUCUCCACAGAGAGCAGCGUGGUCAUAGUGAACGUGGCGAAGGAAGAGCAGGACGUCAUCUCAGCUACGCCUGAUGAAAAGCAACCUGGUGAAGUGUCUGCAAGCACAGGACAACAGGAAGCAUCGGGCGGUUUCAGCGAGGACGGCGCUCUUCCAGGAAAGGGAUCCUACAACCUGGAUUUUGACAGCCUUGACUCCAUCAACCCUUUCCAGACCGGAGGCUCAAAAAUCCAGAACUCGCCUGUUGGAGUUGGAAGAAAGGUGGCAGAGGACGAUCCACCUGCAGAGGAAACCAAACCCGCUGAAGCUCCUGAUGAGGAGAAAGUCCUUCCUCCAGAGGGGCCGAUCAAACUCGAGUUCAACUUCAGCGACGGCGCUGAAGUCAAGCGGAAGCCGCCACCUAAAAAGCUCGGCAAGAGAUCCACCGACAGAAAACGUGAAGAAUUAAAGCCGCCGUCUGAUCGUAAACCCUCUGAAGAGUCCUCUGGGAAAGCCGGACCCGGAGACGCUGCUGUGCCCAAAGCUUCCUACUCCUUCGACUUUGAGAAGUUCAACGAUCCGAACUUCAAUCCCUUCAGCACCAAAACGAGCAUCGUUGACUCUCCGAAGAGCAGCAGCGUUCCCUGUCCCGUCCAGCUGGAGCCGGACGCCGCAGAACAAACCAACGACCCGGAGAAAGAGAUGGCUGCUUCAUCGGAGAAGGCUGCAGAGACGUCGCCUCCUGCAGAGACGUCGCCUCCUGCUGAGCCUCAUGACGCCUCGAUGGGGGAUCGCGUGGUUCUGUCAGAGAAAGACCUGGAAAGUGAAAGCAGGAGCCUGAAACCCCAGAGCCCUCUGGACUCCAAAGAAGAGUUUGUUCCUGGAAGCAUGUUCAUGGCCAACGACUUUGAUGGGCAGAUUGAUUACCUUGAACAGUUUGGCUCCAGCAGUUUUAAGGAGUCCGCGCUGAGGAAACAGUCGUUGUACCUAAAGUUUGAUCCACUACUGAGAGAAAGCCCAAAGAAACCUGCAGGUCCUGCUGCUCAGCUGCUCUCUGCUGCCCCUGCUGGCCUUUCUGCACGGUUCAGUGAAGCAGGGAAGGAGUCAUCCGAACGCUCACAGAACGAUGUUUUCAAACUGGUGGAGGACGCAGCGGCUGCUCCUCUCGUCCUGCAGAGUCUCAUCCCUCCGUUCCCCAAACCUGCAGAGGAAUCCAUUAUUGAGGUUCUGACGUACAGCCAGAAGGACAUGGAUGCCGCCAUGGCGAGGGUGCAGGCCGAGGCUAAGGAGAAAGAGGAGCAGUGGAACGCCAAGCUUAAAAGGCUGCAAGACGAUGGUCAAGAAAUGAGAAAAGUAAUGGCAGAGUUCGAGCUGCUGAUUGCAAAUAUGAAUGACAGUCAUGAGAAGGAGAGGGAGGAGGCGCAGAAGAAGCUCAGCCAGGCUCUGACGGAGAAGGACCAGGUGUCCAGCGACCUGAGCGCCAUGGAGCGGUCGCUGGGCGAAAUGUUGAAGAGGCUGGAGAAGUACAAGGACGUGGUGGAAGGCUACAAAAAGAAUGAAGAGACCCUGAAGUCCUGCGCCCAGGAUUACUUGGAAAGGAUAAAAAAGGGCGACCAGCGGUACCAGACACUGAAGGCUCACGCCGAGGAGAAGAUCAACCUUGCAAAUGAGGAAAUUGCUGAGGUCCGAUCGAAAUAUAAGGCGGAGCUGUCGGCUCUUCAGGCCCAGCUGCGGCGGGAGCAGCUGAAGACUCAGUCUCUGGAGAAAAGCCUUGAUCAGAAAGAAAAAGAAGCGGAGGAGCUCACCAAGCUCUGCGAUGAGCUAAUAUCCAAAGUGCAGAAAGGCUGAGCUCAACUGUAAAUACUUUUUGUUUCUGCUUCACUUUUGUUUGUUCUAUUUUUGUGUUUUAAUAGACUGUAUAAUAAAGAGAAUUUACAAAUUUGAA